UUCCCCUACGCCAUAGCCACUACUCAGUAUUUCAAAUUUACAAGAAGAAGAAGCCAUGGAAAUCGCUUCAACAAAAUGGCGUUUCCAAGGCGUUUCCGUAUCGAACAACCCCAUCAAUCUCUCAAUCUACUCGGCUCUCGAUAAGAUAAGUCUGAGCCUCGACAAAGACGACCAGAGGCUCGUCAUUCCCCUUGGCUAUGGCGAUCCCUCCAUAUUUCCUUCCUAUCAUACUGAUUCUGCUGCUGAAGACGCCAUUGCUGAUGCUGUUCGCUCUGCUAAGUUUAAUUCCUAUUCUCCUAGUCUUGGUCUUCCCCAAGCAAGAAGGGCAGUUGCUGAUUAUCUGUCUCGUGAUCUUCCGUAUAGUUUAUCUGCAGAUGAUGUUUAUCUAACAGCUGGGUGUGUACAAGGAAUUCAAACCGUAUUAACGGCUCUAUCUUUCUCUGGCCCAGGCGCCAAUGUCUUGCUUCCAAGGCCAGGGUUCCCAAUCUAUGAGAACCGAGCUGAUUUCGCUCACAUUGAAACUCGCCAUUUCGAUCUUCUUCCUCAAAAGGAUUGGGAAGUCGAUCUCGAUGGCGUUGAAGCUAUAGCAGACGAGAGAACUGUUGCAUUGGUCAUCAUCAAUCCAGGAAAUCCCUGCGGGAGUGUUUACACAAGAGAACAUCUGCAGAAGAUUGCAGAAACGGCAAGAAAACUUGGGGUUAUGAUAAUCUCUGAUGAAGUUUAUGCCAAUAUCACUUUUGGAAGUAACCCAUUUAUUCCAAUGGGAGCAUUUUCAUCAAUUGCACCUGUUGUCACUCUUGGAUCAAUAUCUAAGAGAUGGGUUGUGCCUGGAUGGCGAUUUGGUUGGCUUGUUACUCAUGAUCCUUAUUGCAUUCUUCAUCAAUCUGGGAUAGUUGAACGCAUCAAGAGCUAUAUCACUUUCACAAUGGUUCCUGCAACAUUCGUUCAGGCAGCCAUUCCUCAAAUAUUUGAGACCACUAAGGAGGGUUUUUUCUCCAGAAUAAACAACAUGCUAAGAGAGGCUGCAGAUACAUGUUAUGAGGGUGUGAAGGAAAUCCCCUGCAUUAGUUGUCCUAAAAAACCAGAAGGCUCCAUGUUUAUGAUUGUGAAACUUGAUGUGUCCAUUCUGGAAGGCAUUGAAGAUGAUUAUGAGUUCUGUGUUCAGUUGGCUAAAGAGGAAUCUGUCAUUAUCGUUCCUGGCGUUGUGAUUGGUUUGAAGAACUGGUUACGGAUAUCUUUUGCAAUUGAUCUUGCAGCUCUUAGAGAUGGCCUUAGGAGGCUAAAAGUCUUCUGCCAACGGCACGUUAAAAGCAGUCAAGCUUGAUUAAUUCAAUCAAAAGAUGCCAUAGGAUUUAAUAGCCAAAUAGAGAUGAUAGGUUGGUAAUAUCCCUCUUAAUACUUCUGUUAUAAAGUUUUUUCUUUUUUUUUUUUUCAUAUAAAAAUAGUGUAGUGUUAUGUAAUGUAUUAAAUACAGUUUAUGUGGCAAAUAUGAGCAUAGGUGAUAGGUUAAUAGUUAGGAUGAUACCUUUGGCUCAUAAAGUUGUUAAUAUCAAACAUUUUAACUUUCAUAUUGGUGGCUCAU